AUGAAUUUUGAAGAUUAUUAAUAUCUCUUCAAAUUUGUAUUGAUUGGUGACACAGGUUAAAAUAUUAGAUAAUUUAUAGGAGUUGGAAAAUCCUGUUUUUUAUCUUAAUAUAUAAAAGGGAAAUUCAUACAAGAAUAUGAUCCAACAAUAGGACUAGAAUUUGAAAGCAAAUCUAUAGAAUUUAAUGAUGGAAUUGUAGUUCAAAAUUAAUUAUGGGAUACAGUAACUAUCACUAUUUUAAUUAGUCUGGAAGCUCUUAAUUCAUGGCUAUAUAGAAAACCUUUUGUUAAAAGUAUUUAUUAUUUUUAUAUAUAAAUUUGUAGUGCUGCUGGUGCUAUUAUUUUCUAUAAAAUUGAUAGCCAAAACUCAUUCAAAUCAUUAGAAAAUUGGAUCAGUAUUCUUAAAUAAGUCUCAUCUGAUUAAAUUCAAAUUAUUAUUGUUGCAACACAUAAAGAUCUAGAAAAUUAAAGGUUUUACUUAUUAUUGAAAUUUAGACAAGUUUAAACCCAACAAGGAAGAAAUCUUGCUGAUUCUUUAGAUGCUAAGUUUUAUGAAAUUUCUAAUCAUGAUAAAGAUUAAAUUGAUGGAAUUAUUAAUUCACUAUCUUAUAAUGUAUUACGAUUAAUCAAUACCAAUAAAAUUAAUCCACUAAACACAGUAUUCCUAUUAAUCAUAAAUAGCAAUAUGGAAUAAAAAUGAGUAGACAAUAAGAAUAAUAAUAUGCAUCUUAAUAAGAUAACGCUGAUGAUAAUUUCAUUUAACAAUAGUCUUCUCCAAACAGGAGAGGUUCAGAUAGCAAAAUUGAAUAAAAUUCGUUCUCCUCAAACAAAGUAACAGCUUCUCCAUAAAGACCAUAACAAGAAAAAGAGUAAAAAGAAUAGAAUUAAUAAUAAAAUAAGCCAUCAUUCCAAUUAUUAUAUAUUCUGCUACCAAUAAUAAUUGCAUAUUGGUUAUAUUAAAUAUUAUUAUGA